AUGCAUCCCAAUGGUACCCAACUGAAGAAACGCGGACGUCCCAAAGGCUCGAAGAACAAGCCCGGUGCGAAGAACGUUGGUCGACCGCGGAAAGACAGCCAAGCACCGCGCCAGCGCAGCACACCGGGAACGUCAACUGCACGUCAGAUGUCUGCAGAGCCUCAAGAUGACACCCAAAGCCUGCUCCAGCGCAAGCAACUGGAGAUGUCAACCACAUCUCAGACGACUGGAUCGCUGCCUCUGGACGAUGCUGUCUGUAAUACUCGCAAAACAGCCACUCCUUCGAGCACUGUGCCCGCUACUCAACAUCGAGCCUCCGGUCUGACAUCCGAGGAUGAGCAGAGCCAGCAGAUGACACAUGACAUCGUUAGCCUAGAGGAAGACACAUCCUCACCAUGCAUGGGAAUUUCAAAUGCCCCAGUGGAGAAUGCACUGAUGCGAACUGAGCCGCCACCGCGGACAGGGCUGCCGAUGCAAACUGAGCUGCCGAUGUUGACAGAGUCACCAUCCGUCCAAGUUGCCGGAGCAUUGGUGCAGUUGUCUGAUACACGUUGGGGCCGAGCUUCCGAAAAUCGACCAGGUGUACAGCUGCCGCCUUACGAUAUGAGUGACAUUGUCAACAACCCUCAUGGCUCCGACCUCUCUGCAGGCCAGUUCGAAUCAUCCGGCAUUAAUGACAUGGAACAGACUGAAGGAGAUGAGAUGGACGAGGAAUUUCAUCCUAUCGGAGAUGAUGAUAACGGAAUUGAAUCAGGGGAGCCAUUGGAUGGCGAAGGAAGACAGAGAGCCCAGUUGCGUUCAAGCAUGCCUUUAUGGCUUGCCAAUGAGUACAAUAUCGUACGAGAAAAGCUCACCAAGGAAAUCGACAAAACCGCUCUCAGUCGCACUAUCAGUGGCCGACCAGAUUGCUAUAUGCAACGGUCCUUCUAUGAGACGGUCUCCAAUCCCUAUCUGCUGGCAAGCUCUUCUUUUCAGAUAGAUCCUGCUGUGUUCUACCAGCCUGUCUUCUUCAUCUGGCUACCACACUGUCUUCUUGGGGAUCGCAUACCGUGCCCAGCCUGCCAUAAGGCUGGACGACUCUCUCGUGAUGGCAAGACGGUCUUCUUGCAGAAGCAUGGCUGGGUGGAUAAGCCACGUCGUGUUGUUGACAUUGAUCAUUGUGAAUAUAUCAUUGGAUACUGCUAUCAAUGUGGUAAUCAGCCUCACUGUGGACGGACCUAUCGCAGUUGGAGUCCAGCGAUUCUGGAUAUACUUCCUAAGGCUCUGGCGGUGCAAUUCACUUUCCGACUCACUUUCCAUAGCGGGCUCACCGACAGGCUCGUAUCAUUGUUAUGUGACUCAUUUCGCUCCGGAAUGGGUGCAGAGACAUUCACAAAAACAAUUCAGUCACUCCAUUAUCGCCGAUAUGAUCAGCUGCAUCUUCAAUACCUGGAGAUGAUCAAGGAUCGCAAGGAUGGGAACCUGGGCAUGUUCUUCACAAAGUGUACUCCCUUUAGUGCCUUCGGAGAUCGGAAUGGAUAUGCAGGUUUUGUUCCGAAGGCAGAUUAUUUCCGCCAAUUCUACGACACUCUCAUUGAAUUCUGGGCCCCGGAGAUGCAGCAGUGUAUUGCUAUGCUGUCUGCACGUGUGCUCUCAGUUGAUCACAGUUUCAAAGUUACAAAGCGCAUGGCGCGGAUCAAUGGUACAUCUGUGUUUAGUGCUCUUCAUUCAACUGUGAAUGAGUAUGGCGAGAUACGUGCUAUGACUCUGACUCCGACAAAGGCACACGAUCAGAUCAUGCCAAUCCUUGCAACAAUUCCCAAGUCACUGGUGCAAUUUGGGCAUACACUGACAGUGUGUAUUUACACCGACAAUGUUCAUGCUGACAAACGGGAGUUGGAACAAGCAUUCCCAUCGCUGUUGGAGGGACUGACACCUGUUCCGGAGUACUCUAAACUCAAACCACUCACUAUUCCUGAUCAUUGGUCAAUUGUCCAUCUGUCGACCGCUCAUCAAAUUAAUGUGCGCUUGAACACUAUCAUGAAUCACCGAACCACCACUAGCUCUGUUACUGCUGCGUUGGAUAUGGAAUGGCCUGUUGAUUUAUCCACCGGCAUACGUGGACCUGUCGCCAUUAUCCAGAUUGCAUAUCAUGACUGUAUAUAUUUGAUUAAGACACUGCCUUUCCUCCAGAAUGGUCAGUUGCAGUUGCCACACUCCCUUCUUACAUUUUUGUGCUCGCCUGCAUACAAGAAAGUCGGUGUCAAUAUCUCUGCCGAUUUCAAGAAGCUACAGGCCGACUGUGGAUUUAUCGCAAAAGAUGCUGAGUUCAGCGGUCAGAUUGAACUUGGUACAAUGGCCGUCGAGCGAAAUGCUGCGAAGCGCAAGAACACGAGCCUUGUUGAUUUAUCUGCCUCAAUUUUGCGGUGUGCCUUGAUCAAAGACCCCAUGAUUCGAGUCAGCACUCAUUGGAGUGAUUCUGAAUUAUCGCAGGAAUUUGUCAAUUAUGCUGCUCUUGAUGUUUUCGCCACCUGGGAGAUCUUUCACCAUCUGAAUGGCAUGGCUAUCUCGCAACCUGUUACUGCAGAGUCACUGGGCGGAACAGCUGUCACACUUCACUCGACAGAUGGGACACUGGUUGCAUCAGGCAUUGUAGCACUGGACCAUCGACCAACCAAUCUGCACGGAGUGACUGUUACUAACAGUCGGGUCAUUGUUACCAUUUCUAACAUUCACGUUCCUGGCUAUCUCCAUCCGGCCUAUCUGUGCCCGUCACACAAAGCAACCGCUAUUUCCACCAUGGGGACACCUCCCUUUUCGAUUGUUGCAUAUGCCAAGCAUCUUUGCACUUCUCCUUUAGAGCAGCACAUUCUCGAGCAUCCAUGGGGUGAAACUCAUCCGGAAGGUCAAGUGCUGGGAUCUGACUUACCCGGGGCAUCACAACAGUCAGGUUCACAUUUUAUCUCAUCAGAGCAUGUGUUCUCAGUGCAAGAGAUGACAGCAUAUGUCCCUGAACCUGUUCUGGAGACCGGCCUUCUCACAGAUCCAGAAGAGGAGAACUCGAGUGACACUGGCAGCCAGACGGUUGCAGAAUCAUUGCGCGAUCCGAAGGCCGAAGCAACUCUAUGCGAACUUCUACUUCAAUUUGAAGAUCUUGACUCUCCGAAUCGAGAAGCCAUUCGCUCACGUGUGCUUGGUGACAUAUGGCAUUUACAUGAUCAAUUUCCAAUCUCGCAGCACCAUGGAUUGCGGCGGCCAUUUGCACGAGCACUCAGUGCAGCUAUGUUCAUCCCGGAUCUCAAGGAUAAGGCCGCAGUCGAGGCAGUUCUGCGGGACCUGGGAAUAUCAUACAACUCAAAAGUUCUGUUGCAGCCACAAUGGGUACUGCAACGGAUGAGACGCUAUGUGCCGCCUCCUGAGAUUUUGCUGCACCGUGUUACCGCAGUCAUCAAAACAUAUGGCCCUCUAAAGGACUCCAUGACAGGCCAGCCUUUGUUCAAUGAGAAGGCAUGGGAAGUUGUGAAGAAUGUCCUCGAGAACAUUCAUCUCGGCUACUACUCUGAUCCACUGAAUGUCCAGCUGUACUACAAAGUUGGCAUUGACAAGCGUGGGCUUGUCUUAUAUCGUUGUUGCCAUGGUACGAAUGAUGUCGAAGGCGGUGUACAUCAGAAUCUUAUCCGACGAUUCUCCUCCUUCAAUAUUUCCCCACGGCAUGCAGUCAAUUCACUUCUCAACUAUGCCGUCUCGCAUAAUAUGCAGGUUGGCACAUUGAAUCGCUCCGGCCAAGAAUAUCUCGGACACUUUGAUGUUCCUUUGAAGAACUGA